UCCUAGAAGACGACAAAGCAGCUCCAAACAAAUUGGACGUCCCAAAAAGCAACAAAGCAGCCCUAGACAGUGUAGCUCCAAAAAGCACUGAAGAACCACCAGACGACAUCGUUCUGGAGAAUUGCGAACUGGUAGCCGACGCUGAUGAUGCAGAGGAGCCGAAUCUAAAAGAACAACUAAGUUUGUAA